UCAAAGAUUACAUCUUCUAGUAGUUGGAAGGAAUAUUAAAGUCCAUUCUAAAAUUAUAUAGUUCAUAUUAUAUAAAAAAUGUAUAAUAUAACGUAAAAUUAUUAUGUAUACAUAUUAUGUGAAAUAUGUAAAUAUGAUUUUGAUUAAAAUAAAAUGCAUUGCUCUUAUUUCAAUCUUAACUACAUCUUGAGAAAAUUUGGAGAUGACUAAAGUCCUUGAGAAAUGUUUGAUACUUGGCCGGAUCUCUUGAAGAAUAAAAGGGCUGGUUACGCACUCGUCUCGAUCGAAAGUGUUCCCAUUCAAAAGUAGUUCAUUAAGCGUGGUACGUGUCUAUAUAAAGUAAAAUGUUGAAUAAUAACAAGUGACAAUUAAACUUAUGUGUCGCCGUUUAAAAAAAGUUUAAUGUUGAUUGAAAUGUGCGAUAUUUUAUUCAAACGCAGCUUCUGAUUUACUGAAAUCAGUGAUGGUGAUAAUAUGAUUCAUUUCAAAUAAAAUCGUGCAAUUUCAAAUUGUGGAAAGCGUAAAUAGAAAUUGACAUAGUAAAUGUGUGUGAAAUAAAAAUUCAAUUUUAUACGUUGUGAAGAAUUAUAUCUUUAUUCUGAUUAAAAAUGAGUAUCUUGAAUCGCAAGUUUAUCAAAUUUGUAAAAUAUACCAUUGAACCAUCAAGUUCUAUUAUUAGAACUAUAGAAACUUUGACAACAGAAAUCGAGGAGCAAGAGUGGUCGCAGUCUCGUCCUUAUACCGAAAUUCCUGGUCCCAAACCAAUUCCCUUCUUGGGUAACACGUGGCGAUUUAUACCAUAUAUAGGUAACUUCGAGAUCCAAGCGGUAGAUCAAGUGUCGAAGAAAUUAUAUAAAGAGUAUGGAGAUAUUGUGAAAAUAGAAGGUCUGUUAGGUAGACCGGAUAUGGUUUUCAUCUACGAUGCAAACGAAAUUGAGCGUAUCUUUCGGCAAGAAGAGAGGAUGCCAUAUAGACCUUCGAUGCCGUCGUUAAAUUAUUACAAACACGUGCUUAGAAAGGAGUUCUUCAAAAAUAAUGCCGGCGUAAUCGCUGUACAUGGUGAGAGCUGGUACAAUUUCCGGAGCAAGGUGCAACAAGUAAUGUUACAACCACGAACAGCAAGAAUGUACAUUAGCGCUAUCGAGGAAGCGAGUCUAGCAUUUCUUCGCAGAAUUAGAAGAAUACGGGAUGAAGAUGACGAGGUGCCUGAUGAUUUUCUAAAUGAAAUACAUAAAUGGUCACUAGAAUCUAUUGCCCGUGUUGCAUUGGACGUUCGAUUGGGUUGUUUGGAUGAUGAUGCUAAUGCCAAAACUCAGCAAUUAAUUGACGCAGUUACAAUAUUCUUUAAGAAUGUCGGAGUCUUAGAAUUAAAGAUUCCAUUCUGGAAAUUAUUCAAUACACCUACGUGGCUGCAAUAUGUGAACGCUCUCGACACCAUAGUAAAUAUAACGUCUAAAUACACGGCGGCUGCUCUUUCAAGGAUAAAAGAAGUAGAGAAAUCUGAUAAGGAACAGUCUCUUCUGCAAAGAAUAUUGGCUCUUGAAAAUGAUACUAAAUUGGCUACUAUCCUUUCUCUUGAUUUAUUUUUAGUUGGCAUUGAUACAACUUCCAGUGCGGUAGCAUCAACUUUGUAUCAAUUAGCUUUGCACACUGACAAGCAAAAUCUCGCUUAUGAGGAAGUCUGUAACGUGCUACCAGAUAAAGAUAUGCAGCUUGAAGGGACGCAUUUGGAUAAAUUGAAAUACUUAAAGGCGUGCAUUAAGGAAACUCUUAGGAUGUAUCCAGUGGUUAUUGGUAAUGGACGAUGUAUGACUAAGGACACAAUAAUCAAGGGAUAUCGUGUACCAAAAGGCGUACAAGUAGUUUUCCAACAUUACGUAAUAAGUAAUCUUGAGAAGUACUUUCCACGCAGCGAGGAAUUCCUUCCAGAGAGAUGGUUGCAAAGUGACGGUGUGUACCACAAAUUCGCAUCGCUUCCUUUCGGUUAUGGAAGGAGAAUGUGUCUCGGUCGACGUUUCGCCGAACUUGAGAUGCUCGUUGUUAUUAGUAAGAUUUUGCAACGUUACAAGAUAGAGUAUCAUCACGAGAAAUUAGAGUAUUACAUCAAUCCUAUGUACACGCCUAAAGGAUCCUUAAAUUUAAAAUUUAUUGACAGAUAGUAAUUUUUAAAUGUAUGUACAAACGAUAUGUUUUUCCUUUAUUUCUUAUUGCCUUUAUUGCUAUAAAAUCAAAAGGAUACUGUUUUAGAUGAUCACUAUCUUUGAAGUACUUUGAAUUUGAGUUCACCGUCGGGAGCGUACAUAAAUGUAACCUUGUAUUUAAGUGGUUUAUGAUGGUAUUCCAAUUUGUAAGAUCUUAUCAGCUGUAAGCGAAUAAAAGCAAUAUAGUAUUUAUA